CCUUUACAAAAAUUACGUCGUCUUAUGUAUGAAGUUCAAGAGCUUAAUGAUGAAUUAGAAAAGACAAAAAUACAAAAGAAAUCAUUUCGCAGUCUGAUAUUCUUGCUCAGAUUGGAUAUCUUCAGUCUGAUUUAAUUAGAAUGAAUCAACAAAUAGGGGACGAAAUGGAACAAACAUCCAAUUAUGGAAAAUCUAUUGAUGAAGCAAAAUCUUUGAUAAAACAGCUUGAGGCUUUUAAAAAUAUGGCUAUUAAAUCAGAUACGGAGGAAAAUAAGUCAUCAAAUGAAACUGAAAAAGAGACUAAAGAUAAUUUGAUUACCUACGAGCUUUAUUAUACCCCUGAAACAGUUAAAAUGCAAAAAGAGACUAAACUAUCUGAUAUUGAUGAACGUAUUGCAAAACUAGAAAAGUUAGUAGGAACAAAUACAAAUCAGAAUUUGGAUGAAUUGCCUUCUAGUUUAGCUUCUACAUCUUUAAUCAGUUCAUUAUCUAAAUUGGAACAACAAAUUCAUAUUCUUGCACAACCAAGACAGCUUGAAAUCGUAGCAAGAAGAGUUAAAGUCUUGAAUAAUGAUUUAGAACGCUUAAAUGAAUUAAAAACAGGUCGUAAAGAUACUACGAAUACACUUAAUUUUGGACUAUCCAGUAUGAUGAACUCACAAAAUACCCCUGCUGCAAAUGUUGAAAAUGCUAAUAAAGAUGGAAAUGAUAAUGAAAGCAAGGUUAAUAAAUUAUUCGCUACUCUUGAGAAAGUUGAUCCGCUCUUAAACUUGACGCCUGCCUUAUUGACUAGACUCAAAGCAUUGCAAUCAUUACACACAGAGGCAGCUUCUUUUAGUCAAUCAAUCAAAAUAAUAUCUGAAGAACAAACCAGGAUGACUGAUGAACUUAAAAGUUUGAGCAAAACAUGUGAAUUACUAAAUAUAAGUUUGAAAGAGAAUGAUGAAUCAGUCAUGAAUAAUGUCAAAAUUAUUGAUGAAAGAAUGACUGAUCUUAUUCAACGUAUCACUGCAUUAAGCCCCAAUAGCGGUGAAUCUUAGAAAUACCAUCAUUAAUGUAAAACGUAUAUAAUAAAGGAAUAUUAGUAGGAAUGAUCCUUUCAUCCUAUAUCUUUGUAGAAACUAUUUUUUUUAAAAAAAAGUUAAUUGUAACUUGAAUGAAAAUAUACAUGUACAUAAAAGCCUAAC